CAUUAUUCAGUACUAAACUGAAAGAUUUUUUUUUGUUUUUUAUACUUUACUUUGUUAUUUUCUUAAAAAAGCAAUUUUACCAUGCGACCAGUAGAACCUCAAUCAAAAUCCCGUACAGCUUCGUCGAGGGAAAGUAUACAAGCCUCGCUUGGCGAGACAGAUACGAGUUUCACCUCAAAUAGUACUUUUCUUGCACCGUCGUUUGAUGAAAAUUUAACUGAUUAUAAUUUGGAGUUCACCAGCAGUUUCAGAGACAGGCGAAGGACUCGAAAAUCGUGCGGACCAACGGCAACCGCUGAAUUUCGACGGGUUGAAGGAGCGUCUGGGGUACAAUCAUCUAGCGUACAAAAAAGAACAUUACAACCUGUUCGAAUUUCAAGUACCCCGAGGCCAUCAACGGUCAGAAAUCGUCGCAAACAAAGAUUUCCUGCCCGCAAAGAAAUAAGAAAACUUCUGAAUAGAACAGAUUUCAUGAUACCACGCCGUUGUUUUUGUCGAGUUGUAAGCGAAAUUAUGAUGAAGUUAUCAAGCAAUGUGACUCGUAUAACGGCUAUAGCCCUGGAGGCCCUACAAGUAGCAACAGAAAAGUAUAUCGAAAAUCGUUUUGAAGAUGCAUAUUUAUUGACGCAGCAUUCGGGUCGAGUUACACUGUUAUUGCGAGAUUUUGAAUUAAUAAAUCAUUUGCUAGGAAAAAAGAAUUUGUAAAUUGAAAUUAAUAUUAAGUAACUUGCUUAAAUAUUUGUUACAAAAUACACAUAUGUAUAUGUCCUUUUGGUAAGAGAUAUAGGUAUUAGUACUUAUGCGUAUGAAAUGGUAUUUAAAAAACAAAGAUCGAGCCAUUAAAAAUGGUUUCGAAAUUGCUUUUGUUCGCAAUUGAUGUAAUUAAUAAGCAAUCGUAUUAAUUAGAAAUGGGU